ACUAUUGUAGUUUCAUAUGACAAGGGUAGUUAUACUACUCACUAAAUUCAACAAAAUAAAACCAAACAAGACUUGGAAUAAUAUCUAAAUUGAUGAAAAGUCAAAGCCAAUUUAUUCUAAUAUGCAUACUUUCUCUUGCAUUGGCAUAGUGGCAUUCCAUUCAUCUAAAUUGCUGAAAAGUCAAUAGGCACAUUCAUUUCUAUUUCGCAGCAAUUUCUGAGAAGAAAGCUAUCAAUUUCAGUUGAAUUUGCAUUGCAUUACAUUUAAAUUAUGGCAACUGGGAGAGAGACUGGAGCAAUGUUGGUUGUAUACUAUAAGGUGAAAGAUGUCAUAUUCGUCGUCUCGGGACAACUGGGAGAGGCUGGUGACAGCAGUGGUGAAGAGAGAGCAGAUAUGGCAACUCUGUCAUCAAAACUCCAUCUCCACCAUUGAUUCUGAUUACACCGACGUAACUCUCAGUUUUUCAAGUCUGAGAUCUGUUUCCUCAUCAUCUCAUCAACUUCCAGUUAUAAAUGACUCUAUCAUCGAAGAUAGGAAAAAUGCUUCUAAAACUAUAUCACGGAAGCUAUUUUCUGCUCUGCGUUGGAAAAGGAAACCAAAGGACGAUCUGCGUGAAGGUUUGGUUGACAUUCCCGAGUAUGAUGGACUUGAGAGCUUUUCCCUACUUGAGCUAGUCGUUGCAACAGACAAUUUUAGCAACAGAAAUGUCAUUGGACGUGGUGCGCAUGGUACAGUAUAUAAAGGUCGACUGUACAAUGGCUCUUUAGUGGCAGUUAAAAGAUUACAACAAGAAGUUAUCGAGGCAGAACUAGAGAUGGCUAGCCUUGUAAUACAUCGUAAUGUAAUCAAACUUAUUGGAUUUUGCAUUACACAAGAAGAACAGCUGCUUGUUUAUCCUUUCAUGCAGAAUGGAAGUGUGGCAUCAUGCUUAAAAAGGACACAGCCUACACUUGGCUGGCCAGUUAGAAACUCGAUAGCACUCGGGGUUGCAAACGGUCUAGCUUAUUUGCAUGAAGAAUGCAUCAGAGGUAUCAUUCAUCGCGAUGUUAAAGCUGCAAAUAUAUUGUUGGAUGAGAACUUUAGUGUAGUCUUGGCUGACUUCACCUUGGCCAAAUUCAUGGACUGCCGCGAUGAUGGUGUAGUAAAAGGUACAAUUGGUCAUAUAGCCCCCGAGUACUUCUCCACCGGUAAGUGUACAGAGAAAGCCGAUGUUUUUAGCUAUGGGAUCUUUCUUCUUGAGCUCAUCACAGGACAGAAUAUUCUUUCUCUUCAUCAGCUCGCCAAUACUCACAAGAUGAGGUUACUCGAGAUGGUAUAUACAAUUUACAAUGGGAAAAACUUUGAAGUGAUGGUUGAUUCAAGUCUUGAAGGAAAUUUUGUAGAAGAAGAGGUGGAGAAGUUGUUUCAGUUAGUUCUCAGCUGCACACAAGAUGAUCCAGAUGAACGUCCCACGAUGUUGGAAAUUGUGAGAAUGAUCGAUGGCCUAGACGAUAGGUGGAAAGAAUUCUUAUCACAUGGUUUUGGAAGUGACAUUUUCCUUAGAAAGAAUAUGAUAGAAACCCCUGUCCCCUUCUGGCCCUCUCGGUACAGAAUGGAUGUUGAUGGAUAGCUCUUCUUUCACUGUGGCAGAAGAACUAUCCAGUCCCAGAUGAUUUCAGGAAAGUGCUUCAGUUUUCAUGAUUUCUUCUCAUCGUCUGAAUCGUAAAAAAGAAGGGCCUGCCAAAACAACGAGCAUCUUUUAUAAAUGUGAAGGAAUGUGCUGGAAAAGUUAGUAGAAUGUCAUCGAUGUACUGUGUAUUAAAUUUCUAUAAGCCUAUAUAAUAGUAUGAGACUAGUUGCAAACUCUGUUGCUUCUAUCCGGCAAAGUUGUCAAAACUGGCCCGACCCAGUCUUAUUCGAACCAUGGUUAUUUUAGGGAGGGUCUCAACCUGAGCUCUCUCCAACCACGAAAAGUACUACUACUAGAGUACGUUCAUGUACGGGCUGAUUUGGGCUAGCACACUAGCCGAAAACUAAUACUUUUUGGGUCAGGUCGGGAUGGCUAAGCUUCGGUGUAUUGGUAAAGGAAUUCAUUGGGGGGCAGCUUUAGUUUCAUAUUUCAA